CACCCACCAAUAUAAACAAAUAAAAUUUCGUAAUCUCUCUCUCUUCACUCUCUCUCUCUCUCCAUUGCAACAAUGGAGAAAGGGCAAACCUCCUCCACGACAGAAGAAGAUCAACAACCCACCACCACCCACCACCUGACCCUCCCACCGUCUCUGACCCAAGACGAGUUCACCGAGAUAAACCACUUCAUCUCCGAGUUCCACACGUACCGGGUCAACCCCGGCCAAUGCUCCUCCCUCCUCGCCCAGCGCGUCCACGCCCCGCGCUACGUCGUCUGGUCCAUCGUCCGGCAAUUCGACAAGCCCCAGACCUACAAGCAUUUCAUCAAGAGCUGCACCGUGGGUGAAGACUUCGACAUGACCCCCGGGUGCACGCGUGAGGUCAACGUCAUCUCCGGGCUGCCGGCCGCGACCAGCACCGAGCGGCUCGACGUGCUUGACGACGACCGGUGCGUGACCGGGUUCAGCAUCACGGGGGGCGAGCACCGGCUGAGGAACUACAAGUCGCUGACGACGGUGCACGAGCUGGAGCGCGAAGGGCGGAUCUGGACCGUUGUCCUCGAGUCGUACCUCGUGGACGUGCCGGAGGGGAACACGGAGGAGGACACCCGGCUCUUUGCCGAUACGGUGGUGAGGUUGAAUCUGCAGAAACUAGCGUCGCUCGCCGAAGGGUUGGCCCGUGACGGGGACGGCAGAUCACAGGUGAUUUGAAUAAUCAGUAGUAGUAGUGCUACUGCUACGUGGUUUUACGGAGAAGAAAUUAACCAGAAAGUUUUAUUUUUAUUUUUUUUACGUAUUUUUCUUUUGGGGGUUAUGUUUUGUUUUUUGUUUUUGUUUUUGUUUUUCUUUUCUUUUCUUGGAGUUUACGAAAGGAAUCGUUGUGUGAAUUGGAAAAGAAAGAGAAUGGCAUGAGAUUGCCAGCCUGUAGUAGAUGGUUGAAGUGUUGUGUGAGAGAGAGAGAGAGAGAGAGAGAUGGGCAGUAUGGUCAAUGAAGUGUACAGAAAACGAUGGCAUGGCUCAUCGGAUGGUGUAAUAUUUUUUCGCUUUUCUAAUAGUUUAAUUGAUGUUUAA